GAGAAAAUGGGGGUAAGAAACACAAUUUUAAAAAUAUUUUUUCACUAUAAAUACAUAAAACUAGGGUUGCAGUUGGUCUGAAACCAGAGCAUUUGAAGUGUUUACGGCUGCACUCUCUCUCUCGACUCAAUAAUGGCUGAAACCGUCGUUGCUGUCCCCGUCGCCGUCGAAGUCGAUCCCAAUCAAAUCGAAGUCAAGCUCUUCAACAGAUGGAGCUUCGACGAAGUUCAGCUUAGUGAUGUGUCUCUUUCUGAUUACAUUGGAGUUCAAUCAGCGAAACAUGCUACAUAUGUGCCUCACACUGCUGGUAGGUACUCAGUGAAGCGUUUCAGGAAGGCCCAGUGCCCCAUUGUUGAGAGAAUCACCAACUCUCUCAUGAUGCACGGCCGAAACAACGGAAAGAAACUCAAGGCUGUUGGGAUUAUUAAGCAUGCCAUGGAGAUCAUUCACUUGCUAACUGAUCAAAACCCUAUUCAAGUUAUUGUUGACGCAGUUGUCAACAGUGGUCCCAGAGAAGAUGCAACUAGAAUUGGGUCUGCUGGAGUUGUGAGGAGGCAGGCUGUGGAUAUCUCACCUCUUCGCCGUGUUAACCAGGCCAUCUAUCUUCUUACAACUGGUGCCCGUGAAGCUGCAUUUAGGAACAUUAAGACUAUUGCUGAAUGCUUAGCUGAUGAACUUAUUAAUGCUGCCAAGGGUUCAUCCAACAGCUAUGCAAUCAAGAAAAAGGAUGAGAUUGAGAGAGUUGCCAAGGCUAAUCGUUAAGCAGAAUUUGAAAGUAGUCUUAGUGAUGAGGAAUAUUUUAUAUUGGUCUUUGUAUUACAUUUGUUUGAAAUUGUUGUUUUAAAACAUGGUGUAAACCUUUUGCCGGUUUAUUUUUCACAUUUUUGUUGAAUCAACUUGUUGUGAACAAUUUUGCUGUUAGUCUAUAACUGUUUUCAAGGAUCU